AGAAGGCAGCCUGCCAGUCACUGGUAACCCCUGCUCUACCCUCAGUGUACCUGCACUCCCAGAGCUUGCAAUGCUGGACUUCACACUGUGCACUAAAGCCUGAGCUCCAGUUGCUUCCCUUCUCCCACCGCAGACUCCGACCGUCCACACGCUGGGUCACCAUGGAGGAGGCCGACCUGCUGAAGGAGCGACUCCAAGCCAUAACGGAUAAGAGGAAAAUACAAGAAGACAUUGCCAUAAAACGGAGAGAAAUUGAGGAGGAAAAGCUAAAGCUCCAGUACUUGAAGAAGAAAUCUUUGCGGGAGCAAUGGCUCAUGGAUGGACUAAGUCCCCAAAGCACUCAGGAGCAGGAGGCCAUGAAACUGCAAGCCCAGGAUGAUCAGCAACAGAGCAAGGUCCUGCAAAGCAACAUCCUAAGGAUAGAGAAGGAAAUCGAAGAUCUAGAAACGCAAGAGGCAACGAUUUCCACAAACGAGCAGCUCAUUCUGAAACGGCUGAAGGAAGUUGAGAAAACUGCUGAAGACAUUAUAAAGAAAGCCGCAGCUGGGGUGAGACAAGCAAAUGGAAAAGAACUGAGUGAAGGCUGCAGCCACUCUCAGAAUCAGAAACAAAAAGAACAAGACUACUCCUUGGAGUCUGUAACCAUGGAGACCAGCCAGCUAUCUGAAAUGGCCACUAUAAUUGAAUAUAAAAUGGAUUCUGUGGAGGCAGAGAUUGCUGAAAAUGAGGGCUUGAUUGGGGAAGCUGAUUUCUGCAAUUCCAUAGAAACAAAAGUAAAGGAUGACUUUCUGGCGGACUUGCCAGACGGUACAACUGCAGUUGAUGAAGAGGAUGAUCUAGAAAAUGGGAAUAGAACAGUCAUUCCCUGUCAAAAAGAAACUGUUAUCUUUGAGAUGGGACAUGAUGAACUCAACCGAACUGAGUCAAUGACCUCAUCUGUGUCGGAUACACCCUCCAGCGCAGGAAGUGUAUAUGAGAAUGAAUUGGUCCGCAGGAGACAAGACCUGCCUGACCCAGAGCCACCUACUAACACUGCAGCAACUGCAGAUGAUGCAGAAGACAGCUAUGUCACAGAGACAACAGAACUUGAACCACAAGAUGUCACCCUGGAAAAUAUGGACGAUGAUGAAAUGCAUGAGUCUGUCCCUGAGCAUUGCAUCAGGGAGGAUGCCUCCUCUGAUGUCUCCAUAGAGUCCUGCCACGAGCUCGACCAGGACAACAUAAGCAGCAGCCUCCGUGUGGAAAUCGUGGCCGUUUCCUCCGACAGUGAGACAGAUGAGAAAUGGAGGACCAUAUUUUCCUCUUCGAUAAAUAAAGAAGAUGAUGACGACGAUGAUUUCUUUUUGGACAACAGCCUUGAGUUAAGUGCCCGGGAGCUUUUUAUCCAAAAAACCGAAAAGAAAGAGGAGAGAGUCACAGAAGUCCAUGAGGGAGCCGAGGCAGAAAUCCCAGACAGAGAAGACAUUCUGGAGCAACCUGAACAUGAGGCAGAAUGCGACUUUCAGACACAGGAGCACCCCAAUGACAUCUCGUCAGUUGAGAGCCCGUCAAAAACUUCUGAAGACGAGGAAGAGCUUCAUCAGGGUUUGAAGCAAAGCACUCGCCCUUCGCAUUCAUCAAAGCUGGACUCUGGCAAGAAGGUUCCCGACGACUACUGCGUGAUUCAAGAGACGAAGAGUGAAAAUGUCAGCACGGAGCACGUGGACUUCCGCGUUGCUCGGAAGCAGUGGCUGAAGAUGGAGGAACAGACCAAGUGCCAGGUACACCAGCCCACUGUCAAGCAGGGCACCUGCCAGGGCGGCCACAGCUUCAUGUACACCCCAGUCCGAAACAUCGACAGGUCCAAAAGAGACCAUGACUUUGAGAAUCUGGCGCUGAGCGAGUGCUCACACGCCCAGUUCAGCCCAUGUUCCGAGGACUCCGGCCUGGACGACUCCAGCUACAGGUCCCCCUAUGACGACCCAGAGACCCCCAUCGAGAGGGAAAUCCGCCUGGCACUGGAGCGGGAAGAGAGCCUCCGGCGGGAGAGGGGCAUCUCCAAGCCGUUAAACCCCAGCGAGUGCAGACAGGCAGCCCAACCGGUGAUUCUCCUCCCGGGGAAGUUUGACAAAAGGCUUUGCCAGGAGGUGGAAGAGAAGAGAAAGAUGUUUGAGGCCCAGGAGGACAGCUGCAGAGUGCAGAAGUCGCCCAACACCAAGACACCAUCCUUCAUCAUCACCUCCUCACCGACAAAAGGUCACCUGUACCACGAGGUGGCAGGUAAUAAUGUCAUCAUCCUCGAACCUGAAGCCUACCCUUCUAGCCCGAGGCACGGUGCAAAAGAUGGCACUCUCUCCCCAGUGACAAAGAAAUCCAGCGAGUGGCCUUCUGAGACGUCCAACUUCAUCAUACUGGAGACAUCCAACCUGAUAAUACGCAGCGCGUCCGAGUUCUGCCUCAACACUGCCGGACAAGACACCCAGGAGAGCACAUUCCUGAACAACCCUUUCUUCAAACUGCGCUCCAGGAGCACUCAGUCUCUGAUCGACCAGGAAAUCCAGAUGGUCAGACAGAGGGAGGAGGAGCUGAAAAAGCAAAGGGCAAGCCUCUAUGCCAAAGAGAACUACAACACAGGUCUGGUCUCUCCAAAUCUACUGGACAACUUUGAUAAGUCAGACCUUCCAGUGAGAUGCAAGUCCUCUCCGUCAUCACCAAUGAAGACCGCACACAGGAUGGAUCGCUCCACGCUCUCCUGCGACCAUAGAUUUUCUGACACGUUCUCCGGAGGGCGCCGCAAGAGUGCCAUGGCGAUGCGCUGGGAGGCGGGGAUGUUCUCCAAUAACGAGUGAAGCGCGGGAGUGCUGCUGAAAGAGAAGACGUCUUUAUUUUCUGCUCUAUUUUACCAGAAAUUAUGAAAUGCUAUGAAGUCUGUUCAUGCUUAAGCAUAACACUGUCGUUACUUGUGUGAUGUCACCAGCACAUAGGUGAUACACGGUGGAGGCAGGUCGUAGUAAUGUGCACACGCCAAGAUGCCUGGAUGUUUCAUGAAUGUAGUGUUUAGUCUAGGGUAACAUGCUCUCACUCUUCUAGUGUUUAUUCAAAACAUAUUUUUGAUGUAUUGUCUUAGUCAAUCAAAGAGGGGAGUAUUUAUUGUAUUUUCGUAUGGUAUUUUCUCAAAAAAAAUGUUUGUAAUUGUCCUUAUACACCGUAAUAAGAGUUUUCAAUUUCUGAAACCAUGACCGCAUAGUUCAAAAUAAUAACAUUCCAAGUAACUCUAACUCUAAAUUAAAAAGCAUACUUUUUGCCAAGGUCUAAUGAUCUUUGUUUCAAACGGAUUACAAAAAAGGGCAUUAAAGAUAUUUGUCACAAAAUGAUAUUCAUUAGGAAAACAUACUAUUUUUAACCUAAUGUCCCACCCACCAGAGAUCCCUUGACAAAUUUCUUUAAAAAUAUUUUUUAAAUUUAUUAAACAAAGCAGAUGCACAAAAGAGCACAAAUGCACAAAAAGUAACGGAGUGGCAUAGUUGGUUUUGAAAAAUCUGAUUUUUUACUACAUUUUUAGCUCGGUCUCUGCUUUUAUGCCCCACAAACAGUUAGUUCCAUCAGAGCUGUCAAUAUAAUUCUUUUACAGAACAGAAAAGCCAGCUUGUCCAUGAGAGAAAAGCAUGUUAUUUGUUACAACCUCCCCUGAUGCAUCUUCACUAUUCCAAAUACAAAAUUACAUGAUUUUUGUAAGUCUUGGAUUCAAAAACUGAUGCAGAUAUGCAUUACAAACUCAUAGGGAAAACAUGCACAUCACAACAUUUCAAAACUAUUUAUAGUCACAUAACACAAAUAAGCAUAACAUGCAAAGCUUUCUCCAUGCAAUGACGGGUGCAUAAAGAAAUGCACAGAAAAGUGCUCAUUUUUCAGUUUUAAAUCAUACAGAAUGUUUCAGGUGCCAGUGGGGACAGAACAACCAUCAAAAAUGUCAAAAACAGUGCUUAAACUGUCUUAAAUUUGAAAUGUCUUAAAUUUAAAGAUCUGUGUUUUUGUAGGCCUUUCUGUGCAGCCAUUUGUGUAUGAUAUAAUACAAGUACUGCUUGCUUAGUUUUGAAUUUCAAAUAUUCAAGUCUGUGUGAAAAUCAGUUUAGAAGACAGAAUCUUUUCAAUUGCCUUCUUCAUGAAGCUGAUCUUUUGGGGUAGGGGUGGGGUUCUUGUAUUUUCCAAGCAAGUGUGGCAAAAUAUUAAUGCAAAAUAAAGAUGUAUGGACAAAUCUGAGAGCAAAACGGCCCUUUUGUUUUCAAAGAAAGUUAUUGAUAUGAGUCCUCUAAGUCUCUCAAAAAGCCAAAAAAUAAGUGCAUCGGUCUG